AUGGCUUUGAAGCUUAACCCUUUGGCAUCUCAGCCCUACAAAUUCCCUUCCUCGGCUCGUCCGCCGAUUCCUACUUUCAGAUCUCCCAAGUUCCUCUGCCUCGCUUCAUCCUCUCCGGCUCUCAGCUCCGGCGCUAAGGAGGUUGAGAGUUUGAAGAAGCCAUUUACGCCACCUAGGGAAGUACACGUUCAAGUCUUGCAUUCCAUGCCACCCCAAAAGAUCGAGAUCUUCAAAUCAUUGGAAGAUUGGGCCGAGCAGAACCUUCUAAUUCAUCUCAAGGAUGUGGAGAAGUCGUGGCAACCCCAGGAUUUCUUACCCGACCCUGCAUCUGAUGGGUUUGAGGAUCAGGUAAGAGAGUUAAGAGAGAGGGCAAGAGAGCUCCCCGACGAUUACUUUGUUGUUCUGGUGGGAGACAUGAUCACAGAAGAAGCGCUUCCCACCUAUCAAACUAUGUUGAACACUUUGGAUGGAGUUAGGGAUGAAACAGGUGCUAGUCCCACCUCAUGGGCUAUUUGGACAAGAGCUUGGACUGCAGAAGAAAACCGACAUGGCGAUCUUCUGAACAAAUACCUUUACUUGUCUGGCCGUGUUGACAUGAGGCAGAUCGAGAAGACGAUUCAGUACUUGAUCGGAUCAGGAAUGGAUCCGCGGACAGAGAACAAUCCUUACCUUGGCUUCAUCUACACUUCAUUCCAAGAGAGAGCGACCUUCAUCUCUCACGGAAACACAGCCCGCCAAGCCAAAGAGCACGGGGACUUGAAACUUGCCCAAAUCUGUGGCACGAUAGCCGCAGACGAGAAGCGUCAUGAAACUGCCUACACCAAGAUAGUUGAAAAGCUCUUUGAGAUUGAUCCUGACGGUACUGUCAUGGCCUUCGCAGACAUGAUGAGGAAGAAAAUCUCAAUGCCGGCUCACUUGAUGUACGAUGGGCGCAACGACAACCUCUUUGACAACUUCUCUUCCGUGGCUCAGAGGCUCGGUGUUUACACCGCCAAAGACUACGCAGACAUUCUCGAGUUUUUGGUUGGCAGGUGGAGAAUCCAGGACUUGACCGGGCUUUCAGGUGAAGGAAACAAGGCACAAGACUAUUUAUGCGGACUGUCUCCAAGGAUCAGGAGAUUGGAUGAGAGAGCUCAAGCAAGAGCCAAGAAAGGACCCAAGAUUCCAUUCAGUUGGAUACAUGACAGAGAGGUGCAGCUCUAA